UAUACUCAGUCAGGCCAUAGCUUCUGUUUGGGUCUGAAGAAAAUCCAGCAAUACCCAUACCUUACAGUAUUCAGAGAAUCAGAGAGAGAGAGAUUAUGUCAAGAAGUUCGGUUCGCAACGGCUACGACAAGGUGGCACGUAUACUUGGAAGAACAGAAAAGCAAAAAAAGUUUCCGGUUUUGGAUAAUCACCCUGUGGGACAAGAGCAUGCAGAAGAAGCUGUCGAGGCACAUGAAACCAUCCAUAGCAACAUCAAGAAGCUUGUAAAGGAGUUCAGAAUCUAUAGAUGGAACCCUGACCAUCCCAACAACAAGCCCCACCUCCAGUCCCACUUUGUCAACCUCUCCAAUUGUGGCCCCAUGGUUUUGGAUGCAUUGCAGAAGAUAAAAGCAGAGGAUGAUUCGAGCUUGAGCUACAGAAGGUCAUGCAGAGAAGGAAUAUGCGGGUCAUGCGCCAUGAAUAUUGAUGGGACCAACACUGUGGCAUGUCUCAACCCCAUUGAUGCAGACACUUCCAAGGCCACCAUUGUCACCCCUCUGCCCCACAUGUUUGUGAUCAAAGAUCUCGUCGUUGAUCUCACCAAUUUCUACCACCAAUACAAAUUGACAGAGCCAUGGCUCAAGGCAGCAAAGGCACCGGAGAAUGGGCGGGAAUACAGGCAAUCACCCGCAGACAGAAAGAAGCUAGACGGGCUGUAUGAGUGCAUAUUAUGUGCUUGCUGUAGUACCUCAUGCCCUUCCUACUGGUGGAACCCGGAGGAGUUCCUUGGGCCUGCUGCAUUGCUCCAGGUUUAUCGAUGGAUUUCUGACAGCCGGGAUGACUUCGCGGAUGAACGAUUGCAGGCAUUGACAGAGGAUGAGAAGAGAUUAUAUCGAUGCAGGACUAUUAAGAACUGCACGGCCACCUGCCCCAAAAGCCUCAAUCCUGCAGAUGCCAUUCACAAGAUGAAAUCCAGGCAUCUGCUUUCUCUGCCUGUGGAGAAGUUUGCAUGA